AGAACAAUGUGAGUAAAUGUUUGUUUUUGUUCACUAAUAUUCGGCGAGUGAUAGGGGAAAUUUUGGUGUAUUUGUUACAGAGACCGUGCAGGAACAAAAGUUAAAUUUUUGCGUUCAGAUUAGUAUGGAAGUGAAUUAGCUAUUAUGAUUCAUUAUCUGCGUUACUAGCAAUAGCGCAAUACCAUGUGAAGUUAAUGGCGUUUUUGAAUGGGUAAUAUAUUGCAGCCGGUGCAGUCGCCCCCGAAGAAAGUGAAGUGUGCUCUCUCGGAGGCGUCGCUGAACACGGAUGCGCCAGAGGUCGAGGAUGCAGGUUCAGCGGCAGAGCUGAAGCUUCGCAGGCAGCAGUUCGACCCCCAGAAGGAGCCCCUGCUGCGGGAGAACCCCAGAAGGUUUGUGGUGUUCCCCAUUCAGUACCACGACAUCUGGCAGAUGUACAAGAAGGCGGAGGCCUCCUUCUGGACCACCGAGGAAGUCAGCCUGUCCCAGGACCUGACGCACUGGGAGCAGCUGAAGCCGGACGAGCGCCACUUCAUCAAGCAUGUGCUGGCAUUCUUCGCGGCCUCAGAUGGCAUCGUGAACGAGAACCUGGUGGAGCGCUUCAGCCAGGAGGUGCAGGUGACCGAGGCGCGCUGCUUCUAUGGCUUCCAGAUCGCCAUUGAGAACAUCCACUCCGAGAUGUACAGCCUGCUCAUCGACACCUACGUCAAGGAUAGUGCGGAGAGGGACUUCCUCUUCAAUGCGGUGGAGACGAUGCCAUGCGUGAAGAAGAAGGCCGACUGGGCACUGCAGUGGAUCUCCCACCAGACGGCCACCUUCGGGGAGCGUGUGGUCGCCUUUGCGGCCGUCGAGGGCAUCUUCUUCUCUGGCAGCUUUGCAGCCAUCUUCUGGUUGAAGAAGCGCGGGCUCAUGCCGGGCCUCACCUUCAGCAAUGAGCUCAUCUCGCGGGAUGAGGGGCUGCACUGCGACUUUGCGUGCCUGAUGUUCCGGCACCUAGUGCAGAAGCCGUCGCAAACAGAGAUCCGGGCUAUCAUCGUGGAUGCGGUGCAGAUAGAGCAGGAGUUCUUGACGGAAGCGCUGCCCGUCGCCAUGAUCGGCAUGAACUGCCAGCUCAUGCGGCAGUACAUAGAGUUCGUGGCCGACCGCCUGCUGCUGGAGCUGGGCUGUCCCAAGGUUUACAACUCUGAGAACCCAUUUGACUUCAUGGAACACAUCUCGCUGGAGGGGAAGACCAACUUCUUUGAGAAGAAGGUGGGAGAGUACCAGAAGUGUGGUGUGAUGGCUAGCAAGAACGAGAACGUGUUCACCCUGGACGCCGACUUCUGAGGCCAUCCUGCCAUGACCAGUGUGUUUGUAAUGGAACCAGCCAGGGAAUAUUGUUGCAGUAAGGAAUUGUCUUCCUGACUCUGGAAAGAUGUAGUUAUGACAUUGUAUUGUAUACAUUGGAUAUAAUUACACUCAAGUGUUUUUAUUUUCAUUGUUACUAAAAUAUUUAGAAAAAUUGACAGUCUGGAAAUUAAUGGGAAAAUUUCAAAAAGUAAAUUUUAUUGAGUAAAAUGAUUUGUGUUGAGAUUUCUGAAUUAAUGUCUGGCAGGAUUCUGAUAAAUAUUGAGGUUUUUAUGGAUCCAUAUGAUUUGACUGCUACUUUUACACUCUUCUGAAUCUGUUCACCUUGUGGUAUUUGAGUACUGUGAUGAUUUUAAUGGGUUUUUUUUUUUUUUUGGCCAGUUCCACUAUUUUAUAAAGACUAGUGUGUUGCUUUGACAAGAGGAAUUUGUUAAUAUUAUUGUAGUUUGAGUUUUUCACCAAAAAAAAAACAGUUUUAUUAUAGUUUUGAGAAUAUUGGUAUUAAUGCAUUUUAUUCAAAGUUUUUGUGUUAAGUAGGUUGUGUUUCAUUCCAGUUUUUUUUUACUAUGUAAUAUUCUAGUUAUUAAUGUUUCUUUACAUUUUCACCUUCAAUUUUGGAAAGCUUUAGCCAGGAAAUAUGUGAUCUUAUUUGUUACUUCAAGUGGCAUCCCUGAUAUUGCAGCAAAUACUUAUCCAUGCGUCAAGUGUGCUGAUGCAGUCUUCAGUCUUCUGAAUUAAGUUUCUCUCUCUCUUUCCCCCCUCCCCCCAAAAAAAAAUUGCUUUACUUUAUUUCACAAUCUGGCUGCAUGUGUUCAAACUGCAAGUGCUGUUUUUGUGCAUUAUUAGAUUUGGUUAUUAGGAGACAAUUUUGUGUUGCCCACCUUCACUAUCAGUAUUUAUCUUUCAGAUAAAACCAUAAAACCCCUUUUAAAUUUGCAUGUAAUUUUAGAGCCUUACUGUUCCUUGAUAUUGAUUGGGAUUUAGUCUGUAUUGUUUUCCUCUGUGUAGGCAUUUUUUAUUUGUGCUUGAAUUCUUUGGGAAAAAAUUAGAACUGAAUAAAUUCUUUGCCUCAUU